AGAUGGAGCACCUAAGUCUUAGCAGUGACUAGGGACAUCCAAAGGAUUCCAGUCCAUUUCGUGACAAGUGCUUACCAGGUCCCAACUUGAAACUUCUACUAUCCCCACUGCCGACGCCUAAAGACCUCAGUUACACGCUUCGAAGACAUAUGACUGGAAACUGGCAACCAGAUCUCUUUCCUUGUUUUUCUAGAGGAUUUCUAGAUGCAUGGGCGGUCGUCCCAAUGCUAUUUCUGACCAGGCUUAGGCACCAUGCUGAUGUGGUCGCCUGGCAGUUAAUCCUGUGGCAUAGCGGCCCUGUACUAACAGACAGGCAUAUCCUUGAAGAACUUCAUCACAUCAAUGGCCCCGUAUGAGCCGGGUGAUCAACGUGCAUCGCAUUUUGGGCAUGACCAGCCGAAGCUCGGCGUUGGCGCUCCUUUUCGAAGACAUCGCCCGGUCUUCGGUUACACGAUCUCAAAACGAACAGAGUUUGGGCGACGUUUCCAGGGCACAAAUGACCGGAGAUUUUCUGCUAUUAUUCGCCUCGUCUGCAUACCCCGCUUUCUUGGCCGUCGGAUAUUGUAAGUCCCGAUGGGCGUCGAGAACGUUGCCCCAGACGAUCAGCAGCGCGGGCUAUACUUGCUGUGGGCGGUUUGUGGAUACCCUGGAGGGGACGUGGAGAUACGGGCCUGAGACUAGGCCACCCUCGUUGCUUCGGUCUAGUCGUGCCAGUAGUAUUAGUGCUGCAGGGUCCCUCUUCCGUGGGGUGUGGUUAACAUCAAUGAGACCAUGAACAGGACCCGAUCACUGCCCACUCUUGCUAGCAAAAGUACUAUCAUCUCCAUCUCGCCAUGCCACUCACUCUUCCCUGCGAUGCGUGUUCCUUUCGAAGAGUCAAAUGCGAUGGCAAGAACCCCUGUAGCACCUGUGUGCGUCGGGAGCAGCCGUGCACCUAUCUAAAGGUCCGAAAGCGACGCGGGCCAAAAGGCCCACGCAGGUCAACGAACGCAAGGGUCCAAGCCAUGCAGAAGGACUUGGGGAUUGAGAAGAGCUUCAGAAUGCGAGGCAGCUCUCUGUCGGCUUCCGGCGACAGUCCAGCAUCUCCUCAACCGAGCGAUAGCCCACAGCCGGGUCGACGGAGGAUCUCGCUGUCGACUUACUAUACGUACAUCGACAUUUUCAGGAGCCAACUCUACACAGUAUGGCCGAUUGUCUCAAUCAAUACCUUGAAGGCCAGGCUCACUGACUCUGAGAGCACCGAGUCCUACGCCCUGGCCGCGGCAUUGUGUGCGGCGACUCUCGCCCAGUUGCGUCUUCCGGGCCAUAACCAACCGCAAGAACCAUUUCUCGUUUCUUCAAGCGACUUUGUACGCGAGUGCAUCCGACUUCGUGCCGAUUUUGACUACCAGAGCACCGCUGAUCUGGAUUCUCUGCUCACGUCCUUGUUCCUGCAUAUGUAUUAUGCCAAUGUAGAUCAAAUUCCUCUUGCUACAUUUGCGCUGCGUGAUGCCAUUACACAUGCGCACCUUCUCGGCCUUGGGAACGGACAGCUGCACAAGGAUUCGCAACCGGAGACCCGCCAGCUCAGACUCCGCGUUUACUGGAUUCUUCUAGUCACAGAACGUACCUUUUGUAUGCAACAUACUCUCCCAAUCACUCUACAGACGAUAGACGACCUACCAGUUCCAAUCGAUGAUGGAGACGCGGACCCGGCUUUGUUGACAGGAUUCUGCAAUUUGGUCCAACUAUUCACGCGGAUUGAUGGACCUCUGAUCCAGUCACCUUACCUGUCAACGCCGCAUUCGACUUAUUCCAGAGCCAGAAUAGCAGACAUCCAAGAAGCUCUUCAAACCGGAGCCACGAAGAACCCCAUCAUUGACGAGGUCCAGCGAGUUGAUAUUUGGGCCACUUUGGCCUGGCUGAGCUCGCUGCUCUGGCAGUACUCAGCAUCGCAUUUUAUGUUGACGCCGGAGACAUCAAACCCGUUCUUUUCCCCAAGCUACCCGUUCUUCGUUGCGCGGAACUUCCUCUCCCUGAUAUGCAAUGCGUCACCUGAUUCGAUUCGACCACACGGUUAUGGAAUGGAAAUCAAACUGUUUCAGUUGACAAAUUCGUUAAUAGAUGUUUUGACCUUUGUACCUUCACUUGCAAAAGCAUACGAUGGCACUGAUUGGGGCCCACAGCAUGCUGUGGUAGAUUUGCAUAACUUACUUGGCAUUGUCGCUGGAGGAAAGUCCGAGAGACUGGACAAGUUGCACAUGCGUAUGGCCCAGAUGAACCUCACUCCCUCUCCAAGGAGAGCUCUGCUGGAACAUGAAAGCGAUGAGGGUACCCCAAGGUCGUCAGAGUCCGAUGGGCCAUCGGCGGUUGAUGAAAUGCUCGGAUGCGACGACGCAGACAACUUCUCGGGCUGUCAAACCGGAUGUCACUGGCCUGACACAAUGCCUCGAGACCAUGCGAUGCAACGAGUCGAAGCGGCCGAUUUCUCCGAGUUCUUCCCCGAGUUUGACUCUGUACCGUUUUCGCCAGGGAGCGGGAAUAAUUGUGCAGGAGACGGAGGGCAUGAUAUCUACGGACUCUCCGCUGGUUUUCUCGCUCUCGGAUCACAUAUCUCACCCAGCGGGGUGUUUACCAGCUCAGUUCGAAAUAUGGCUAUGUAACACUGGGUUUCCAGGGCAAGUGUGAGGCCUGGUGCUUCUGGAUAGAAUCAGUCCACUUCAAUGUGAUGUUAGUCUCAUUCAGCAUGUUUUUCGUAUAGUCGAUCUCAAAUGAAUCAAUCUGUGUACCCAGU